AUGAGAAUCGUGUUGGCGUCGACUUUCAAACAAACGCACAGGUCUCGCACUCUGGCUGACCGGAGAAUCGACUCCUGGGUAUCUGGCUUGCAAAUGGGCUCUUCAUUAGAUCCCCCUCCCACUACAACACUCGUGGAGGUUCGAGACAAACUCACCACAUGGAAUGAUGCCUUGAGUUCGAAGUAAACACUUACCUGCAAAAGAGAAAAAAACAUUACAAUUAAACUUUUAAA